AUGUUUGGCGGUUUUCAUGGCACUAAAACACCUUCUACUUCUGGUUUUACAGACAUACCAUCAACUACUCAAUUUGGUGUUUUUGGUGUCCCAUCAUUUACUGAGGCUACUAAUAAACCAGCAGAUAUUCAUUCUCCAUUACAAAAUCCAUCUGUUGAAAAGGACUGUUGUGGUAUCUGCUUAGCAGCUUAUAAAUCACCCCGAAUAUUGCCAUGUAAGCAUAUAUUCUGUCGAUUGUGUUUAACAAAACUAGCUGACAAAAAAACAGACGGUGACCGACGAGCCUGUGCAGUCGUUGAUGUAAUCCAACAACCAAUAAUAGAUCCAUUCUCAUGCCCUUUGUGUAGGAAGGAGAUCAAGCUGUCGAUCCAUGGAAUUGAUAAUCUACCGAUGUACUUUGAAGAUGACGAAGAUACUAAUGACGACAAUGAAGCUAAUGAUGAAGCUAAUGACGACGAUGAAGAUCAACGAGUUUUAUGUGUUGUCUGUGAAAACAGCGUCCCAGCUGAAUAUGAAUGUUUUCAGUGUCAAAAAGUGUUUUGUGUCUCUUGCAAAAUAAUUCAUAAUAACUUGCUGAAACAUAAGGUACAGGAUCUCAAACUAGAUCUUUCUCAAGGUAAAUGUUUAAAACACCCAGAAGUUAAAGUUGGAUACUUCUGCCUGGAUUGUUGCAGUACGCUCUGUACAGUAGGUGUAAAAUCAGAGCAUAGCCUACACCAAACCCAAACU